UACAGCGGCGGAAGGAGCGCAGCGUCACAGGGGUGAGUGCUGCGGAGCUGCCAUCAGACAGGAGAGAAGCUCGUCGCCCACUCAUCAACCAGCGGCUUGUUCUCAGGCCCUGCUGCAGAAUCCCUCAUCAUGACAAAAGAGGAGAACCUGGAGGUGCAGGAGAAGGAGAGGCACGACCGGGAGGAGCAGGAGGAGGGGAGGGUCCAGAGAGAGGAGGAGGAGGCGCUGACUGAAGAAGAGGAAGAGGAGGAAGAAGUAGAGGAGGAGGAAGAAGAUGAAGAGGAAGAGGAGGAGUAUGAGCUAGAGGAAGAGAGGGAGCAGGAGGAGAGGACAGAAGUGGAGGAGGACGAGGAGGAAGAGCAGCAGGAGGAGGAGCGGGAAGAGAGAGAGGAGCGCGAGGAAGAGGAGGAGGCUCCGGCCGAACCGGAGCCAGAGCCCGUGUCUGUGUCCGAGUACCAGAGUCCGGUUCACGAGCCGCGCCGCCGAGCCAUGGUGCACCCGUCCGCUCAGGCACCGCUGCCCAAAGACUACGCGUUCACCUUCUUCGACCCAAAUGACCCGGCCUGCUUGGAGAUCCUCAUGAAUCCCCAAACCACGGUCCCUGAGCUGUUCGCUAUCGUGCGACAGUGGGUUCCCCAGGUGCAGCACAAGAUUGACAUCAUCGGCAACGAGCUCCUGAAGCGUGGUUGCCAUGUGAACGACCGCGAUGGUUUGACAGACAUGACGCUGCUUCACUACAGCUGUAAGGCCGGAGCUCACGGAGUUGGCGACCCGGCGGCAGCGCUGCGUCUCACCACUCAGCUGAUCUCGCUGGGCGCCGACGUGAGUCUGAGGAGCCGCUGGACCAACAUGAACGCCCUGCACUAUGCCGCGUACUUUGACGUCCCGGAGCUGAUCCGAGUCCUGCUCAAAGCAGCCAAACCCAGAGUCCUGAACUCCACAUGCAGCGAUUUCCACUACGGUACGGCUCUCCACAUCGCCGCCUCCAACCUCUGCCUGGGUGCAGUCAAAUGUCUGCUGGAGCACGGAGCCAACCCCACCGUCCGGAACGAUAAGGGUCAGGUUCCAGCAGAGGUGGUUCCCGACCCAAUGGACAUGAGCCUGGACAAGGCGGAGGCGGCAAUGGUGGCCAAAGAGCUGAAGCAGCUGCUACUGGACGCCGUUCCACUGAGCUGCAAUCUUCCCAGAGCCACGCUGCCCAACUACGACAACAUCCCAGGAAACCUGAUGCUGGCCGCUCUGGGGCUGAAGCUGGGAGACCGCGUGGUGCUGGAUGACAUGAAGCCCCACAGAGACCAGAGCAGAGACGACAGCCCGGCUGCAAAACGCAGACAGACUGGCACUCUGAGGUUUUGUGGUACUACAGAGUUCGCCAGCGGGCAGUGGGUCGGCGUGGAGCUAGACGAGCCAGAGGGCAAGAACGAUGGCAGCGUGGGUGGCGUCCGCUACUUCAUCUGCCCUCCGAAGUUAGGGAUUUUCGCUCCAGUUUCAAAGAUUUCCAAAUCUGUGGACCAGACGCCUUCAUCAGUCACCUCCACCCCAAGAACACCCCGCAUGGAUCUGGCCUCCCGCCUCGCAGGAAAGACCAAGAAGGAGAAAGAGAAGAAGGAGAAAGAGAGAGAGAAAGCCCAGAAGAAGAAGGCUUCAGUAGCCAGUCUGGAUCCAGAGGGAAUGAAUGUGGAAGUCGGAGAUCAGGUUCUGGUGGCCGGACAGAAGCACGGCAUCGUUCGUUACUUUGGCAAGACAGACUUUGCUCCAGGUUACUGGUUCGGCAUCGAGCUGGACCAGCCCACAGGGAAACACGACGGCUCGGUGUUUGGGGUCCGCUACUUCAGCUGCCUGCCCAAAUAUGGAGUGUUUGCUCCGCCCUCCCGUGUCCAGAGAAUCGGAGGCCCUAAGGACGGCUCGCAGAACGACAGCUCCACGGUGAAGAAGGUCCACCAGAUCACCAUGUCACAGCCGAAGCGUAACUUCAACACGAUGCGUUCUCCUAAAGACCUCACAUCUGAGAGCUCCAUAUCCAGGCUGCUCUUCUGUUGUUGGUUUCCGUGGAUGCUGCGCGCUGAGAUGCAGUCCUAACUACGCCCUUCCUCUUCUCUCUUCUACUCCACCACCAGAUCAGUCUCUCCGCUCUACUUACUCUCCAUCUUCUACUCCUGCUUUCACCGACUUUCGCCGUCGUCAGUCAAACUUCUCGUGGUGACCCCGCCCCCCUCCUCUCUUAAUCUCAGCCCAGAACCUCCUAAUUUAGCCGUUCUAUAGCAAAAUCUAUAGUGCCUUGUAUCUGAUCAAAACGUUCUGCAUUCCUCUGAAGAAACCGAGAAUCUGAUUCCUCCAAAAAACCCAACCUUUCACGUCUUAUCACCUCAUCGUCCCAGCUCGGUAUUUGUCCGUGUUGUGCUGUCAUUUGGGGCCUAACAACAACCACAAAACGUUCGUUUGUGCUGCUACAUGUUUUUGUUUUUGCUGCUACUAGUUUUGGGUCUUAAACAGAUUUUCUCAUUAAUGCCAAGCUCGGCACAAGCUAGCUCAAACGUGGACGAUAAUGCAGAUAUUUCAGCCUGUGCUUUGUGGUUUGGCAGAUGUGUUUGUUAAAUUUUCAGACGCUUUCUGCGUAAAUGAACACGAGCAGCGCACGAGAGCUCAAACAGUUUGUGCAAAAUAAAGUUUGUCUGCUCGUCUGAGACCAAGAACCUCUGCCGUCUCCGCUUGAGUUAAGAUGUAAAAAUCCCGAGUGCAUGGAGGGAAAAUCCCAGAAAACAUCCCGACUCCAAACUGUUUGAAACUCAGAAGUGAAAACAGGUUAACCGCUGCUGGUUUUUACUUGAACGCAGCCAAUUAUUGUCUGCAGGAGACUUUAUUUCCACUGCUGCUGUGUGAGAUAAGUAAGUGGUUCUUGGCCUCCGGGUUGACUCACUGUAUGUGGAGGAGUGUGGAUGCUAACGUUUAAUAACAAGAAGAAGCUUUAUCUUUAAUUUACAUUUUCCAGCGAUCCUGACCACAAAGAACAGCUGGAUUUGAUGUUUAUCCUGCUGUUUGUCAGCCGUUAAUCUUUAAAGGUACUUUUUGCAAACGUCUGGCAGGAAAUGCAACAAACAUUUUCACCACAAGGUGGCAGCGUUUCAUCUGAGCUCCAGUGUAGUUUUCCACCAGCGCUACAGUCAUCUACAUGCACAAAACGAUUUUUGUGUUCCAACUGAAUAAAAUAAGUCUGAUUAGCAACAUGACAUCUGUACGAAUGUUGAGCUAAUUUUAGAAUUUCUCGUGAGCAGUUUAGGUCCACCUGGUGGUCGACAGAGGUAUUACAUCAAUUUGCAUCUGCUACACAAUGCAUAAAUGUCUUUGACAUAAAGGCGUAAGCUGGUUUAUUUUUUGAAGGAUUUAAUCCAAGAAUUCUUUACAAAAAGUACCUUUGAUUAUAGUCACUACUAAUCAGCGUACUGCCAGAUACUCACGCUCGUUCUCGGACUUUAACACUAGUAACAGGCUCCAGUUGUAAUCUGUUAACCAUAAACUGCUAACUGACCCACACCGUUGACGUUUCCAGCCCCAUUUCAUGAGACUUUCAUGUCUUUAUGUUGCCUCUGAACACAAGCUUCAGUUCCAGCUAAAUGUGAUGUCCAGUCCAUUCAGGGUUGAAUAUGUCUUUGUAAUAUUAAGUGUCCCUUCAUCAGCGCCUCCAUUUUGAGGUUUUUAAUGACCUUUACUUCGAAGUUUGACCCCUAACGAGCUCCAGAGUCCAAAUCUUUGAUCUUUCUCUGACCCUCCUCUCUCACUCCUCUCUCUCUCCAUUUAAAUAAGACUUUGGUAUCUUUUGUGAAUGUGAGCAUCCGCGAAAAGAAAAACACAAGCUAACCUAAAUGUGUGCUUAAUGGUAAAUCUCUCUGCAUAACUGAGAAACAGCAAUAUGUAAACAGUGUACCUAUCUCUGUGUGGAAAUGUUUCCUGUGUUAAUGUCUCGUUACACUCUGUGAGCACUCGAUACAGAGAGAUGAACACACUCGCGCUCGGAUGGCCGAGGCUGCUGGGGCGAGCCCAGAGAAUAACCGGACAAGCGAAGGGAUGAAAUCCAUCCUCAGUUUUGAUCCAAGUCGCUCAGGUGGAAAGUCACCCAGAUGCCACCAGGAAGACCGUGGAGCGUAUUUGGUGAGGUCAGAUCCUCAGUUUGUGCACGCUUCAUUAUUCUGUUAUCUGAUUUUUGGACGGAGCAUUCAGAUCUCAUGAACAAGACCGGGGAGAUUUGAUAACUUGUUUCCAGAGAUGUAAAACUUUAAAUUAUGAGAAUUAUGAAAUGUGACCAAACACCUUCCUGCAAACACUGCUCGAAGGUCAUUUUAGAGAAUGCUUGGUCCUCUGAAGAGGUCGUUAAGAGCCUUUCAGGCGGGGCUUGCCGGUUUUUCUCUCCGUGUGCUCUGCAGCCUCGGCAAAAGGAGACAUUUGUGGUUGCUCGUGCACACUGCUGUGGAUAAUGUCCUGUUUGUGCCCGUGGAAUCAGCUUCAACAUUAUACUAACGAGAACUGCAGUGCUUUUGCUUUUCCACUCACCGGGCGCUCAGUUUAACUCAGUCAGCUGCAGGAUUUAGUCCAUGUGGUCACAAACCUUUCAUUCCUGCUUGAACUUGACCCUCGCCUCGCCUCUGAAUGACUUAACCAGCGCCGUGUCAGCCAAACGAGCGGUAGGUUGAGUCAUGUCGUGUUCGCCACGGACACAAACUGGUGUCCUGGUAGGACUGUAGUUCAUUUAAGCUGCUUUAAGGAUGUCCUGAAAUCUACUCCUGUUCAUGGAUGAGAUGAACACAAAAUGUCAGUCCUGCAUCCAUCGAGUUGUUGGAACCGUCCAAAACUGUCCUGAGAAGCAGCUUUUUGAAAAAUGGGACUAGACGUUAGAGCGAUGUGCAGAUGACUUACUGCUUUACCUUCACAAAUAAAUAUCACAGCCCAAACAAGCCAGACGAACCGAAGUCAGUCCACGUGUUGUAUUUGCAUCUGUUUAUAGUUUCACACUGGAAAUUCAUCGCUACAAGUCAGCUGUUGUAGCACGGCGUUCGAUGCUGAAGCUCCACCCAGUCGGGCGAGCAUUAGUGGACCGCAGUGAUGGUGGAAGUUUGUCUUUGUACAGUAAACGUACAGUAACAGUACAGUCGAUAUGUCGGUUUGAACGUAGCGUACUGUGUAGAUGUGGAGCUUUCUCUGGUUUGAGCGUCACCAGUUAUUAGUCUCACGCUAAAGGAAGCGUUACAGACGUUUUUAUCAUGACAUAUUUUCACUUUGGUUUUCUGUAUCUAAGGCCGUUGCCACUCUUUUUGCCUGAUUUGGCUCUUUAACUACAAACUCUCACUUUGUCGUUUUUGUUGAUUGGAUUUAAAAUAUAGUUUUACUUUAAGAUUGGUUUCCUUACUUUGAGGCAGCAGGAAUGUUUGAAUUUUUGCAUCCUUGUCAAGAUUCAGCCACUGAAACUCCGUCUCACGUCGUAGCCGUUAUCUUCUUCUAAUCUAAACCAAAAUGUGACUGUAAAUUAAAAAUGUUCUAGAAAUGUUUCCACGUUUACUUUUUGGUUUCAAAUGAAAAUCCUCUUUGAUGCCUUCAUCGCCCACGUUGGCUUCGUUUCUCCACACUUCAUCCACAACAAGAUGAGAUGAAGUUAAAUAUAUGUAUCCUGAAUAUCGUGAUCAGGGAUGCACCGAUCAAACUUUUUCAGUUCCAGUGUGAUAGCGUGGCUUUGGGUGUCUGCUGAUAUCGAGGACUGACCCAGGAACAGUGUGAAAUGAGGAAGCAGUGAUCUUUACUGGAAGCUGGAGCCUGAAAGUGAAAAUUUAAAAGCAAAGAAGAGAAACUCCCGUUAGCCUUGUUAUGAGUGUUGACGUUGGUCCACCAGAGGGCGCUCUGCAGCUUCCCUGAUGAAACACAAACCGAACAAAAACAGAAUUAUGACAAUAUUAUCUUAUUAAAGACUCACAAAUACACACAACAGAUAUUCAGGAAAUCUGUUUGUCUUUCAAAUGUCUGGAAGACAAAAAUAUCAUUGGUUGAACUGAUUUGUGCGCCGCGUCUGUUACUUUAGAGUUUCCUUUGGUCCUCUCGGUCUGAGUGCUCCUCACAUACACGUAUUGUAUCAUCUACAAAUAAAAGCUGUUUGCGUCGGAGGUGUGAAAAGCUUCAGAGUUGCUGUGGCUUUUCUGUUAGCUCCCUCCAUGCUACACCACAGCUGACAGGCCCCUGCUGUGGGUGGUGUAAACUACAUACAGCUGAACGACUUGUUGAAGUGUUCGGCGUCAGACUGAUAGACAACCCAAAUAUCCGAUCAGUGCAUCCGUGAUCACGGUUGGUUCUGGAGAAGCGUCGUUAUUAUGUCGUAUGAGCACAAACACGGCGUUCGUCUCUCAUCUUCCACAACUCAAGAUGAAGCUGAGUCAGAAGUUUAUUGUCAGUCGCCUCUGUGAUUUCUUUCCUCCAUACUGAUGUGAAGCCGGGAGCCGUUGGACAGUUUUAGCGGCUCAGCUCUUGUUUGCAACAUAACUUCUCUGCAAGCAGAUUUUCAGAGCUGCACUGACGCCAGCGGCUGCCUAAAGGAAGGAAAUCAGUCACGUUUGGAUCAGCAGGAAUGGAAACUGUGAUUUGUAGUUAACGGGCUGAGAGAGUCGGUGGUCCUUUAAAGAAGUGACGGGUGUCCGAGGAUGUAAUGUCGAAAUCACAGAAACGAACUCGGCACUGCUCGUUUUAACAUUCAGAGUCUUAAGAUUAUACAGUAUAUAGCCUAUAUUUUGAUAACUUCACUAAGUGUACUUUUUGUUCUCUGGUUUUGUAAAGUGUGCGUGUGUGUUACUUUAGUCCAUGUGUGUGAGUCACUCCUGUUUUCAAAGUGUGUUUAAAGCCGACGGGCACUGAAGCAGAAACAGGAGAGAACGAGCAUCGACGUCUUCUUCCUAACAGAUCCUCACUGCAUGCUCUCUCUCAGUAUUUUCUCAUUCGGGGUUUUCAGUGUAUGUAUCUUCUCAUCAGCAUGGAAAUGCUUCUAAUAAUAACAACUCUAUGAAUAUAAUAAAGAUUUGAUGUUUUUCUAA